AUGCCCAUCACCAAUGGCAGUGCGAUAACAGAAUUCAUUCUCCUGGGGCUCACGGAUCGCCCAGAGCUCCAGCCUCUGCUCUUUGUGCUGUUUCUGGUCGUUUACCUUGUCACCCUCCUAGGCAACCUGGGCAUGGUGCUGGUGAUCAGACUGGACCCUCGCCUGCACACGCCCAUGUACUUUUUCCUCACUAACCUGGCCUGUGACUUGUGCUACACCUCGAACGCAACCCCGCAGAUGCUGACUAACCUGUUGUCAGAGAGGAAGACCAUCACUUUUGCUGGCUGCUUUGCACAGUGUUACCUUUUCAUAGCACUUCUCCUCACCGAGUUUUACAUGCUGGCAGCAAUGGCCUAUGACCGCUACGUGGCCAUAUGCAGCCCUCUGCACUACAGUGUUAAGAUGUCUAGGCGUGUCUGCCUUUGCUUGGCCACAUUCCCUUAUGUCUAUGGUUUCUCAGAUGGGCUGUUCCAGGCCAUCCAGACCUUCCGCUUGAACUUCUGUAGAUCCAAUGUCAUCAACCACUUCUACUGUGCUGACCCGCCACUCAUUAAGCUUUCUUGUUCUGACACUUAUGUCAAAGAGCUUGCCAUGCUCAUAUCAGCUGGCUUCAACCUCUCCAAUUCCCUCACCAUCAUCCUGGUGUCUUAUGCCUUCAUCAUUGCUGCCAUUCUCAAGAUCAAGUCAGCAGAGGGAAGGCACAAGGCAUUCUCCACCUGUGGUUCCCACAUGCUGGCUGUAACCCUAUUUUAUGGGACUCUCUUCUGCAUGUAUGUAAGACCACCAACAGAGAAGACUGUUGAGGAAUCCAAAAUAAUAGCUGUCUUCUACACCUUCUUAAGUCCAGUUCUCAACCCACUGAUCUACAGUCUGCGGAACAAAGACGUAAAACGAGCACUGAAGAGAGUCCUCAGAUGA